GUCUGGAUCUGUCUGGUUUGAGGAAACUUGAAUUCUUGGAUGAGCAAAAGAUGCCGUGGGUCCUGUCAGCUUUUCGAUCUUUGACUUUUCUCAUGAAUGGUUCUUUCCCAGAAAUGUAAUAAGAUACUCUUUGGAUUAAGUGCUUUGGUAUCAAGGCUGUAAUUGGUUCUUCAGCAGUGACAAUGGACAGAUCGGACACUUCAGGAUUUGUCAGCGGUGGUCGUCACAUAUUCAAGUUCUUAGGAUAUUUAUUUUUUCUGCAUAAAUCCCACAAUCGCUUGGUUGUAUGGUUUAUCUUCUAGGAAGGCCUCAAAGUCUGUGGUGAAAGUGCUCUUGAACCCUCUUUUUCCUGCUUUUUACAGCUUCUUUGUAACGUACAGAAAAUGGAUCUUAACAUGACGGAUGUACUGUUUCUUGGUAAUGGUGAACUGAGAAAAAAUGACAUUUUUGGUGAUACUGCUUUGCGCUUGAACUGUCUUGGCUAUGGAACAUUCAAUUCUGAAAAAUCUGGGGAUUCUGGGAGUAACCAUGGUGUGUUUUCUGCCAAAGUUCCUGAUGAUGGUUGCAGGUUAGUACUUGGAUUGGGGCCCGCCCCAAGCUCCUACAGUGAUGAGCAUUACUCGGUCGGGAUAAGCAAAAGCAAGGAAUCUGUCGUGACAUCUGUCCGAGCAUCAUCGUCUGCAGGUGAUUCGGAUAUCCUAAAACUUGGCCUUUCUAGAGGGACUGGAGAUGAUCUGGGCAUGCAUGAAAAAUCAAUUUCAUCCCUAAGCAAUGUCAGUACUUCCUGCCUUCAAAACCAAAAUAGACAGUUUAUUCCAGUUGUCGAUGAGGGUUCAACUUCAGCCAAGAAAUCAGGUGGCUAUAUGCCAUCCCUUCUCCUGGCUCCUAGGCUUGAUAGCAGUAAAGUUCCACUCCUGACUCGCGAGCUUUUAGAGUGUGGGACCAACAUCCAGCAACCUCAUUCUCACUUGAGUCCUGAGCCUUCAGUCACCACAGAUUACUCAACAGGCACAAUAUCUGAGUCUGCAAGUCACCGGAUGCACCACCCUAAGAAGUGCAAGUUUGAGAGGUGUUCGAAGGGAGCAAGGGGGGCAUCAGGUCUCUGUAUUGCCCAUGGAGGUGGGCAGAGAUGCCAGAAACCAGGAUGCAAUAAGGGUGCCGAGAGCAGAACUGCAUACUGCAAGGCUCAUGGGGGAGGCAGGAGAUGCCAGCAACUGGGCUGCACCAAAAGUGCUGAGGGGAAGACAGAUUUUUGCAUAGCACAUGGAGGUGGUAGGCGUUGUGGUCAGCCAGGAUGUACCAAGGCAGCUAGGGGAAAGUCAGGCCUGUGCAUUAGGCAUGGUGGGGGGAAAAGGUGCAAGGUGGAAGGGUGCACCCGUAGUGCUGAGGGGCAGGCUGGAUUGUGCAUCUCUCACGGAGGCGGCCGGAGGUGCCAGCAUCCUGGAUGCACCAAAGGGGCCCAGGGUAGCACCGUAUAUUGUAAGGCCCAUGGUGGGGGAAAGCGGUGCAUAUUUGCGGGGUGCACCAAAGGUGCUGAGGGAAGCACACCGCUGUGCAAGGGGCAUGGUGGGGGGAAGCGCUGCCUGUUUGAGGGUGGAGGCAUUUGCCCAAAGAGCGUACAUGGUGGGACUGAUUACUGUGUUGCACAUGGUGGGGGCAAAAGGUGUGCCGUUCCAGGCUGCACUAAGAGCGCCCGUGGUCGCACCGACUGUUGUGUCAGACAUGGUGGUGGGAAGCGAUGCCGGUUUGAGAACUGUGGGAAGAGUGCUCAAGGGAGCACUGAUUUUUGCAAGGCCCAUGGAGGGGGGAAGCGGUGCACAUGGGGACAGGGAACAUGUGAGAAAUUUGCCAGGGGAAAGAGUGGGCUUUGUGCAGCUCAUAGCAACAUGGUCCAGAACCAAGAAACUAGCAAGGGUGGAACGAUUGGGUCUGGACUCUUCCGUGGCCUUGUGUCAGUUUCAACUGUGGGGAGCAGCUUGGACGAAUACUCUUCUUCCGGAGUGAGUGCCAUUUCUGAUUGCUGCAUCGACUCACCAGUAAAGCCAGCAAAAAGACAACGGCUCAUUCCUCCUCAGGUAUUGGUUCCUCCUUCGAUGAAAUCAUCAUUCUCUUCAGGGCUGUUGGGAGUUGAUAGGAGGGAUGAAGGAAGCAAUGGGAGUAGUGGGAACAGAAGCUUUGAUUUUAUGGUCCCUGAGGGGAGGGUACAUGGUGGAGGUCUCAUGUCUCUGCUCGGUGGAAGUCUGAGGAACCCCAUUGAUGGGAUCUAAGUUUAGAUUGGUGUAAUUCAAUCUUGAAAAUAUUCUAUUUGUCAUUGGUAAGGGUCUGGGUGUAGUCGUUAGGUUAAAACUGUCCAUAAGGUUCUUCUUGUUUAUGAAUUUGGUUUGAUUUGGUUCAUCCUCUGUGAUUGGGUGUGGAUUAUUGCUGCUACAAUUGGAAAGCAGCAGCAGUGUAUUGUAGGUUCCUCUUAAUUUUUUUAAUUGUGGGUCGGUGUAAUAGCCUCUAUUUCUUUCUAAAUCUUUCCAAUUUGAAGAUUUUGAGAAAUGGAUGGGACUCUGCCUGUACAUUUUAUGAUCUCUGUAUGUAAAUAAAAGUUGUUUAAGU